AAACCCCGCCUACUACUACUACUACGCUCACUUGACACUUGGUAGUAUUCAACUUCAAAACUGUAAAGAACAACGGUACAAGUACCGUACAACAAUGAAAACCUCCUCAGUCUCGAAAAUGCAAUAUCACCGAUCUGUUCUACGACCACAAAACCAUCAAGAUCUUCAAGAACAAUAAAUACGUGCUUUGGAAGACACGUAAUUAUAAUUCGCAAAGCACCAAAUGCAGACUUGGUGAGUUAGAUGUCCUGGGAAAUUUAAGUUACGGUACAUAAUUAUCAAAAAGGAACUCUAUUCCUUGGUCUUGUUGGGAACUUGUGAGGACCGUCGUUCAUUUUAUUUUGCUAUUCUUCCAAACAGAGGAAAUUUCCUUCGGAUCCUAACUAGGAAUGAGUAUUGCACAUAGAACAUCUUGUGGAAAUGGAAGCUGAAGAAUCGUCAUCAUUGCUGCUACUCAAAGAAGAGAAGGAGGAUCUGGAGGAGGGUCCAACUGAAAAUGCAGAUGACAACUCUUCGUUUGCAGACCCAUUCUUAGAAGUCAAGGCGGAACCGGAAUUUUUUGACUAUGGUGAUUUUGAUGUGAACUGUUCUUCCCAAUCUACUGUCAAGUAUGAAAAGGACAGUUCUCCAAGCUGUGAUGAUGAGAGCAGAAAGGAAAAGAUCUGUAUUGGAGAAGAAAAUAGACAUUUCGAUAGAAGCAAUGUAGCAGGGAAGCGAUUAACUUGUGCUGAAUGCCGAAGGACGUUUUCAAGAAUUGACAACCUGAAAUCCCACAUGAGAACUCAUACGGGAGAAAAACCAUAUACUUGCUCUGUAUGUCAAAAACAUUUUUCUGACUCAAGUUCUCGCAACCGCCACAUGAGAACUCAUACGGGAGAGAAACCAUAUACUUGCUCUGUAUGUCAAAAAAGUUAUUCUGAUUCAAGAACUCUCAAAUAUCACAUGAGAACUCAUACGGGAGAGAAACCAUAUACUUGCUCUGUAUGUCAAAAAAGUUUUUCUUCUUCAGGUACUCUCAAAUGUCACAUGAGAACUCAUACGGGAGAGAAACCAUAUACUUGCUCUAUAUGCCAAAGAAGUUUUCUUGUCUCAAGUACUCUCAAAAGUCACAUGAGAACUCAUACGGGAGAGAAACCAUAUACUUGCUCUGUAUGUCAAAAAAGUUUUUCUGAAUCAAGUGCUCUCACAAAACACAUGAGAUCUCAUACGGGAGAGAAACCAUAUACUUGCUCUGUAUGUCAAAGAAGUUUUUCUGUUUUAAGUAAUCUCACAAAACACAUGAGAACUCAUACGGGAGAGAAACCAUAUACUUGUUCUGUAUGUCAAAAAAGUUUUUCUCAAUCAAAUGAACUCAAAACACACAUGAGAACUCAUACAGGAGAGAAACCAUAUACUUGCUCUGUGUGUCAAAAAAGUUUUUUUGACUCGAGUAAUCUCACAAGACACAUGAAAACUCUGCAUGAAAGAAAGCAUUCACUUGCCAAACAAACUCAAAAGACGAGAGUUCACACUAGACAGAAAAUGCAUAUUACUUGAUCUCUGUUCAAGCAAUUUUUAUUAAAUGCUUUUAUAUUAUUAAAUGCUUUUUUAUAUUAUGAGCUCAAGUAAGUGUAGCAAUUUAAAAAUGAUUAUAUUUGCUUUAUGAGAAAAUGGGUUAGUUUUAUAUAUUUAUAAGAUUAUUGGUUAAUAACCACUGGUUCUUAGAUACAACACUGAAUCAUUUUACUAUUUUAAUGUCUUGUUGAUAUUUUUAUGAUUUCAAAUGAUUUUAGGCAACUGAUUGUUCAGUUGAGACCAAUUCAUUUGUCAGUGUUAUCAAUAAAUGUGUUUAGGGAACACUGAGAAAGAAGGAGAGUUCUCACUUUCUGUUUUUGAUAGCUAAGACAAUCAUGUUUAUUGACGUCUACGAAUUUGUUUUUGCUGACAGAACCCUGGUUUUGGUCUCAUUCUCAAGCUGUAUAAUUGUACUGUAUAUCUUUACUUUUAUGUGAAGUUGUUUUGUAAAAGUGAUGUAAUUUAAAUUGCAUUUGUUCAAUGAGAAAGUAUAAUAGAUUUCCUUUCCAGUGGCUUACAUGUUUAUGCAAUUUGUGUCUGGUAGUUUGCUCAUAAACAGUAGGAAAA